AGACUAACACAGAUAUCUACAAAUGAAGAACUACACUUGGCAUCAUGAACCGUCAACUCUAAAUUUGAAACAUACUUUGACUCUCUAAAGAAACGAUGAUGCCGAUCAUGCUCAAAUUAAACGGAUGUGGCAUCAUAUCUUGAAGGCCAAGAUUAACAUCAUGGGAAGUCUUUGCCAUACUCAAUCCCAUAUAGCCCAGAAUCAGCAUGAAUAUCUACUUGGCCUUAUCCAGCAACAGGCCAUCUUCAUCCAGGUGCUGUAUGAUCUUGGAUGCCUCCAAAUCCACAAAGGAGGUCAAAUAAGGUACGACGAUCCUUUGUGCAUUGCGAUCGACAACCGAGUCUUCAAGGGAGCAUCCUCCAAUCUUCCUCGUGUUAAAGCGAAACACGCAAAAUGUAACCAGCAGAACUCGGAAAGCCAUCGCUUCUCAGUCCAACACUUUUGCAUGACGAGAUCACGUUUCUAUUCUUGUGUCACUCAACAGCAACAGCCUUGUUGGCCAUCUGUACUGUAACUAAGAAUAACUUGACGCUCAGACGCUUGGUUACAGAGGCUCUACCAUAAACAAUGAGUUGGCACAUGGAUAUUCCAUAAUAAACGUCCGAGGCUCCGACCCAGCAAACAUGAAACAUGAUCGGCAUCCAAUCAAUCGCACUGCCUGGUUGUUGGAUCCUCGCCUCUGAUCCCGUCAACUCCAUGUCUCCUCACGGAUGCAGAAGGAUCUGCGGGUGGAAUUGGAUCGCAUUGCACGACGGCACUGGAAUCUAGAGGAGGCCCGAUUUAAUGGGUUACUAGGCCGCGUGUUCGGUAAGGCAAGGAGAAACCACUCGGGGCGGUUGAUGCUCUGACGUCGUGUUCUCCAUAUGGCUUUUGAUGAACUUAUAAACUACCUACCUCGCUAGUCAUGUCUCGAGUUGAAAACCUGCUGUUUGACCACAUCAAACUUCACGAAUUAACAUACGUCUUAUAAUUAUACAACCUCUCACUUCGUACUAAACACACAUACUACAUUCCUCUAAUACUCUCACAAUGCAAUUCGGACUUUUGCUUCUUUCUGCUUUGCCCGCGACUUGGGCCGCACAUCUCUACGCAGUUCCCCAGAGUCUUUCUCUUCUCGAGACCAGUGCUGAAGAUAAUGGCUGCACACUCCCCGAUACCUACCGCAUCCGGAACUUCAAGGCAGAGUCUAAAGACAGCGGCAAGACGCUCAGUGCCUUUGACUUCGUAUUCUUCGACGAGGACACCAAAUUGACGACUCCUUGCCACAAGAACGCUUCUUCAAAGGCCAUCACGGGCUUGGGGGGCAGAGAUCGUUUUGCGUGUGACAACGACGCGGUGGAGUUCAUCUGGACUGAUGAUACCAAGAAGCUAUGGAUGAUGGAGAAGGUCUGUCAACAACAGGAUGGAUCUGUACCAUAUGAAGCCAGUGGUAGCAUCAUUCUCAACGUCAAGUGCGCCAGGACUGGCAGCUGCUCAAGCAACUCGACAGACCAGAAGUCGGCCUUCACUAGCCUUCAACCCGUGAGGGAGGCUCCUCCUUCCUAAGAAAACGGUCUGUGAUAAGUUAGAUCUUGUGAUGUUGAGUCGUGCAGGAUCCAGCCUGGUAGUCAGGCGUGCUACUUUGUCACUUGUACAAAACAAAACUGGACGUAUGAGGAUGGUAGUGAAGUGAGGAAAAGACAGCGAUAAGGCCCUAUUAGUACUACGACCGAAUAGAGAAUCGGCUCAAAACGUCGAUCUGAGCAACGUACUUUGUUCAUGAUUUCUUAAGAUCGUUUAUUCAGGAA